CGGAAACUUGUUAGGCGGCAAAAGUUCUUACUUUCAAUACUUCCAACUGGAUUCACUUGGCUUUCUUCCGUUCAACACCUACAAUUCAAUAACAGGUAUUUCUUUGACUCAAUUUCUUCUUUCUUUCUUUCUUUGCUCAAUCUUCUUUAGAAAAUUAUGGAAAAAGCAUUUUUUUUUUGUAGAUUGUUAUUGUUUAUAUUCUAAAUUUUUUUGUUCACUUUCUGUAUAAAAUUCUUGUCUGCGGGAAAUCUUGAUCUUUAUAUUAUUGAUUUGUGAUUAUAUCUUGUAUGGUUAUGGUACAUGUAAGUUUCGGUGGUGAUACAUGAAUAUAAAAUUUAAAUGCAUACAUUAUGUUUGUUUAUUUGCCUGUGUAAGCUUCAAAGUGUAAAAUGAUCAACACAGAGUCCAUAAACAAUAUGUUAGCCCCUGUUAUUGUAAUAAUGCAUGUUUCUUUGAAAUGAUUACAAAGAUAGUAAUACUAGAAGUAUUGUUUUGAAUGGAGGCUGAUGUUCAAAAACAAAAUUAGAGAUCUCCUUAUUCAUCAUCCCCAAGAGGUUUCAUGCUUGUCCCUGCUCAAGUUACGAUCCUGGGUAUAUAAUAAGCCUUAAAUUGCCUUGAAAACAGUCCAAAGUAAGGAUUGGUAAUAGUAAAGUUUAAAACUGCCGAAGCUUCUGCAAGUCUGACCAUGUAAACUUUGUCUUUAGGUAGGUACAAAAAUUCGGAAUUCAAUUAUCUCAAACCCACAGAGUUCGACAAACUUGACACAUUCUUUAAAUUUUCAUACCUUGCUCUGUUAUUACAAAUAAAUUAAUCAAGUAUACAAUAUAGUAGAUAAAAAAAAAACUUUGAAUCCUACAUUGUUAAUAGAUACUCACGGUGCAAAAAAAAAGUUUCACAAGAAUUGAGUGCUAUAAUGGUCAUACAAAUUAUGUACGUGCAAAAUCCCAAGAGAACAUUACAUCUUCAAAGGCACCACAUUGCUUUUCUUGAUAUUGGUUCUUCACAUGCAGCCAAACCAAGCCGUACCGAGACCCCAACUCUCUGUAGCCUGCCCAAACACAGAGACACAAUGCACAAACAUCUCUCUCUCUCUCUCUCUCUCUAUGCAAUGUAUGAACUGAACCUAGGACUGACCAUCAUUUAUAUUGCCUGAUCAACUUCAUUUAGAGCAAGAAGAAUUUUUCAAUAAAGUUUGAAUAGACAAAAUAGUAUUUAUGUUUCAAUACCUUCAUUUAAAAACAUCUUUUAUGUAUUAGGAUGUUACAUUAUUCUUAUUAUUUACUAUAGAUUAUGUCAACACUUUAAAAACAUUACUAUUAGAGAACUCCUUCUUCUAUUGAUAUUUAGAAUUUUAGCAUUGAACUUGAUAUUUAGAGUUUUAGCAUUGUACUUGAUAAUGAUGCCAUAACCUUUGUAAAUAAAUAAAAUCUAUUUUUUAAUUAUCUAUUCAUUUGUAAAUUUAGUAUCCUAUUACAAAUCUUUUUAGAUGGAUAAGGAACAAAAUGAAGUCGAUGGAGAAUUUGACAUUCAACAAAGGAAGCGACAAUUAGUUGCUACUGAAAUUGUUUGUCAUGUAAUAAAGAUGAUACUUGCUCGAAAACUAAGUCAUGCAAGUUAUGUUGAUCGACCCAUUGGAUAUCGGUCUGCACAAUGUCAUUUAGUACGAGAGGAAUUAUUGAUGCAACUUAGUACAAAUGGAUAUUUGAGUAAGGUUAUCCGUAUGGGGCCAGAAACUUUUAGGCACUUAUGUGACUUAUUGCAAACACAUGGUGGUCUACAACCUACUCAAAGAGCCACGGUGCAAGAGCAAGUUGUUAAAUUUCUCCAUAUAUUAACAAUUCCCUCAAAAAAUAUCACAAUGUCAUACUUUUAUCGUCGUUCCGGAGAAACUGUUAGUCGUCAUUUUCAUAGAGUUUUACGAGCAGUUAUAGCAUUGGAGGAUCAAUUUCUUCACCAGCCUACGGGAGAACAAGUUCCUCCGGAAAUACUUAAUAGUGCAAGAUUUUAUCCAUAUUUUAAGGAUUGUGUGGGUGCAAUUGAUGGAACCCAUGUUCGCGUUAAAGUGUCCAGCGUUGAUGCGGCAAAAUAUCGUGGUAGAAAAGAGCAUCCAACACAAAAUGUGCUAGCUGCAUGUUCUUUGAAUAUGAGAUUCACAUAUGUUCUACCCGGUUGGGAGGGAACUGCAUCGGAUUCGAGGAUCAUAAAAAAUGCGCUCACUAGAGAAGAUAAAUUAAUCAUUCCUAAUGGUAAAUAUUAUCUUGUUGAUGCUGGAUUCAUGUUGAGAAGGGGACUUCUUACACCUUAUAGAAAUGUAAGGUAUCACUUGAAGGAAUACUCAAGUCAACAAUCGCAAAACUUUCGAGAACUAUUCAAUUUGCGACAUUCAUCAUUGCGUAAUGCAAUUGAGAGAGCAUUUGGUGUCUUGAAAAAAAGGUUUCCAAUCAUUGGAGAUACUCAACCAACUUAUAGUGUUGAAAUACAAUCACAAAUUGUGCUUGCUUGUUGUAUAUUACAUAAUUUUCUCAUGGAGUUUGAUCCUGACUUGGAGUACAUUAAUGAAGUGGAUGAGGAAUUGGCACGUCAAUCUCCAUCGGAGGAAGAAAGUGGCGAUAUAUCUGCUGAAAAAGAUCAUGCUCAAGGAGAGAGUUUAAGGAAUGAAAUAGCAAUGCAAAUGUGGAAUGAUUAUAUACUAUGAUAACUUGACUUGAUGCUAAUUUCUUUUGUUUAAGUGGUCAUGUGAUCCUUCUUUUGUUAACUUGUACUCUUAUAUUAGUAGUGUGAGUUUAUAAAUGCAAGU